AUGAUUUCUUUCGAGGUACAUUGGUCAUUGUACAAAUUUGCAAUACUUUUUCCAGUAAGGGUGGACUAGUUUUCUUUGUGGUCAGUCCCUCUUAAUUUUGUUUGAGACAAACUCAUGCCGACACACUUCAUACAACUCGACAACCUGACGAUAACAUACAUCGCUGUAGUGUAAUGGAAUCGAUUACACACAAUUCAGGCCUUCUGGUCAUUGUCAAAUUAUGAAACAGGUUCACAUCACCUUGACAUGCAUCAACAACCGCUGAUAAUAAUAUAAUAUGCCACUUAGCAGACGCUUUUAUACAAAGCGACUUAGUCAUGUGUGCAUACAUUUUUGUGUAUGGGUGGUCCCGGGGAUCGAACCCACUACCCUGGCAUUACAAGCGCCGUGCUCUACCAGCUGAGCUACAGAGGACCACAUGAUGGUAGGCUACACCUUGGCUGUCAGUCGUAAAAUUGCAUAAUAUUCCAUAUCUCUUUCUCCAGGCUGGAGGAACAGGAUACAUUGUUAUUAUGCAAUAGUUGGAAUUAUAUCUAUCCCAUUAUAUCCUGUUUGCUCUCACUCUCUUUUUUUUCUCUAUCUGUCUCUCAUGAUGUCAUGAUAUGGUAACGGAAACACCUGUUAUGAAUAACUUAUUACAAUGUUGCUUUACCGUGAUGAGUGAAGUGAACUUUCUGUGAGCAUAAACAUUGAACAAAACACAACCCAGGUUUGAUAGCUGGCAUCCUCAUCAACUACUAGACAGUUGGGGGGGGGCUCUGGAGUUGGCCAGUAAUGGGUUGUGUUCAGUAGGGACUAGCGAGACAACGUUGUGAAACGAGGAGAUAAGCUACUACCUGAUAUUUCCAAUAAGAACACAGAUUUUAGUUUGCUGUUGCGAAAUGCUUUGCUAUGGCGUGCCCUACUGAACAGAACCCAGUCUUUCAGAAGGGAAAAGAGGAGGGUCUAAGUCCCUCUCCUCAUAGUCAUCGGAUAGGCUCAGGUAAAGACUGGGGAGUUUUUCCAUUUAGUGGGGCCUUGUGUGUCUGAAUUUCGUGACUGAUGAUACCCAUACCUGAACAAAACCCUGUUUCACAGCCCUCCUUGCUUCAUCAUGUGGCGUGUAGCUGCUGAGCCAGCCAGCUGGGCCAGAGGCAGCGGCAGCCAGGACUGGAUCUCAUUGUGCUGAUGCUCCUCCAUUCCCCUCCAUGUUGGCAGGCAGUGCUGGCUUCAGUGUCGGACCAGGGCCAUGUUCAGUUAGUGGGCACAGAACAGGAGAUUAUGAAACUGAGCAAAAUGGAGGGGGGUGUGACUGGAAUUGUCCAAUGAUAGAGCUCGUGUUCGUUGUCCAAACAAGAACUACAGUCCCACGUGUCAAGAUAAUAAUAAGACUAUUUCUGGAAAUCCCAGUGAAAUAGCCUAGUUUUACAUCAUUUAGUUGUUUUUAUAAAUGCUUCUUUAGAAAUCAUAUGAAGCGCUUCGAUUCAUGAAUGUCAAUCAACACCACGUGGUCAUAUGCUGGAUGUCAGCCUUCCCUCCCCCAAUUCUAACCUUAACCAUUAGUAGGGAAAAUACUAAACUGACCCAAGAUCAGAGUCUAGGGGCAACGUCACCCUACUCCUGUCCUCCUCGGUUGGUAGAGCACGGUGCUUGUAACGCCAGGGUAGUGGGUUCGAUUCCCGGGACCACCAUACGUAAAAAUAUAUGCACACGUGACUUUGGAUAAAAGCGUCUGCUAAAUGGCAUAUGUUAUUAUGUGUUGUGAAUAAAGAUUGGCUGAUUGACUUGACUUCACCGCAGGAAGUCCUAAAGCCCACCCCCUUUCCUUGGCUGAUGGUCUGAUCUGCUGCUUGACUGGUCUGAGGCCUAGUCGCUGUCUGUAGCAAUGCUGUCGGGCCUACAGUGUAGGUCUUUGUCUAUGGCAGUGUUUCCCAAACUCUGUCCUCGUUUUAGUUUUUUCCCCUAACACCGCUGAUUCAAAUGAUCAAAGCUUGAUGAUUAUUUGAAUCAGCUGUGUAGUGCUAGGGCAAAAAACCAAAAUAUGCACCCCUUGGGGUCCCAAGGACUGAGUUUGGGAAACCCUGGUCUAUGGUCUGGAAGUGUUAGUAGGGAAAAGGAGUAGCAAAGCGUGUUGCAGCAGAAGAGUCAAUAUUUAUGGUAUUUUUUUCAACACAACACAUCAUAGUGACACACAAACAUUUCCGAUUUCCCUUUUCCUCACGGUGUGUAGGAGGUGAGCGAGCCCACCAAGGAGGAGAAGGCGGUGGCCAAGUACCUCCGCUUCAACUGCCCCACCAAGUCCACCAACAUGAUGGGCCACCGGGUGGACUACUUCAUCGGUCAGUGCUCCGUUCAUACUCUCCUUUAUUCACUCAUUUAGGACAGUGAUUCUCAAACCAGCCUGCGACAGUCGGUGCCUGUCCCCACAGCCAGUCCACAUCAUUUGAUAUUCCAGUACUAGCACAUAAAGUGCUUCAACUAGUCAACUAUCAUCAAGGCCGUGACUACGCCUAGUUGAAUCAGGUGUUGUACUGUUGGAAUAUCCCUACAUCAAAUAGGCUAUCAUGGUGGGGACUGGUUUGAGAAGCACUUUUAGGGGAUUAAACCUGUUUUUUUUUGGGGGGGGGGGGGGACUACAUGACCUGACCAGGAAACCCUUAGAACCCUAGUUUUAGACUUUAAAGCUGCAGUAUGUCAUUUUUUUAGGUGACCCGACCCAAUUCACAUAGCAAUUUGUAUUAUAGAUCUGUCAUUCUCAUUGAAAGCAAGUCUAAGAAGCGGUAGAUAUCUUCUAUGUGCACUAUUUCUAUGCUUCCGUUCUUAAGGUUAGUUUCUGUAGAUUUUACUUUUGUUUUUUUGUAGACACGCUUCAAACUGCUGAAAAUACAAUGUUUUUGGUUAUGGAAAAUAUAUUUGACAGCGGUUUAGAUGGUACAAUAAUUUUCUACACCAUACUUUCUUGUUUUGCCACGAACUGAAAUUAGGCUAACUAUUUCUGCAUAGUGCAUCUUUAACUAAGGCCUGAAGUCUUUCCUGGUCAGGAACAGUCAGGACAAAUCUGGGUCUUAGUAUGACUGUCUUGACGUGAGAGACAGCAGUUGGCAUUUAUUUAUUAUUGCUUCCGGUCCUGCUGAGUUGACGGUUGGAAUAGUUAACCUUUGACCCAGAAUCUCUCACUAUAUCUCAUAGUAGUACUGUUGACCUGCCAAUGUUUACAUUUGCCCAAUGCCUUUAGCCCCAUAGCAGACCUGUUCUGUCAACAGUGUCAGUAAAUGUGUUUGCACAGUCGUGGGCAGUCUGUUGCAUGAGCUGUGUCUGUUGGAGAGGAGCUUUUGUACACAUCCACAGGGGCAAGGAUUUCAGAAUGUUGGCAUAGCAUGAUCGCCGUUGAGUUUCAACAUACAGUAUGUCCCUGCCUUUGCUGUAAUUUUGAACAUGGUUGCCUGUUUCCCUUUGUCAGCCUCCAAGGCAGUGGACUGUCUGCUGGACUCCAAGUGGGCCAAGGCAAAGAAGGGAGAGGAGGCCGUGUUCACCACCAGAGACUCUGUGGUGGACUACUGCAACAGGUUAGACAACUACCAGCACUCCCACGUUAGACUAACUACCACCCUACACUAGAACUGAAGUUGCUUUCACACUAUACAAUAUUCACUACAACUUUCAUGUUCGUGUGAUGUCCCUAUGUGCUUAGGAAGAUCGAGGCAUAAGAAAAUUGGGGCAAAAUGUGUGUAAUGUGAAAGGUUUUCACAAGGACUUUAUUCAGGCUCCCGAUGGUUUCAGCGGCUCCCAAAACUAAAUCUGAAAUAAUAUGAUGAAGCGCCAAACGAUAUUUGACAACGGUUGAUAUUAAUGAUGUUUUUUUCUGCUCUCCUUCCCCGCCAGGCUGCUGAAGAAGCAAUUCUUCCACCGCGCUCUGAAAGUCAUGAAGAAGAAGCCAGAGAAGGACAUUAAGAAAGACAAGGAGAAAGAGAAGGAGAAAGAGAAGGCCAAGGGCGACAGCGGCAAGGAAGAGGAGAAGAAGGGGAAGAAGGAGAAGGAGAAGAAGAAGGAUGCCAAGGAUGCAGAGGCUUCAGAUGUAAAGAAGGAGAAGAGUGUACGUACAUUGAAUGAACUGAAUAUGCAGGCUAUGAACAUGUUGUAUAGUUCGUAACAGGUUAGACCACUGAAGCGGUUUGGUCAUAGAAUCUAGAACAAUCCUAUUUCUCUAAAAGCCAUAAUGACCCAUGCUGUUUCUCUGUGCUCAGGACGAUAGCCCCGGAACGCCAAAGAAGAAGAAAGAUGUGAAGAAGAAAUUCAAACUGGAGCCUCAUGAGGACCAGCUCUUCCUGGAUGGGAAUGAGGUGAGUUGGAAGGAACAAAGGGAAUCCUGGGAAAACGGGCUCUGCCUCUCCAAAGAUUAGGAUGGGUAAAAGUAUGAAAGCAGGAAUUUCUGGAAAAGUGAGCAUGUUUCAGUUGACAUGUAGAGAACGUCUUUAGCCAGAGGUCUUUGUUGGAAUAUCCGCUUUGAAAGAUGGUGAUCAUUCUGAACUUUGUGCAAUGUGCAUGAAUUCAGCACAUUGGUGUUUGUUUUUCCCUGUGACAUUUGAGAGAAUUCCAAGCAAAAUGGCUUACUUUCACAAGAUAACUGUUUGAGGGUGCACUUUACGAGACACAUUCUCCAUGACGAGAGACACAUUCUUUGUGGCGUCAGUUUGCCAUGCAAGCAUGAUAUGAUGGCAAAAGGUUCAAUGUGACAUGUGAUAUGUGAAAACGGUGAAUCACUGUGAUUGACAAAUUAAAAAAAAAACUAUUUCUAAGGUGAAAUGUAAAAUCGUCAUAUUUACUCCACUUUCCAGGUAUUUGUUUGGAUCUACGAUCCAGUCCAUUUUAAAACCUUUGCCAUGGGACUGAUUCUGGGUGAGUGGAAUUGUAGUUUUAAUUACAUAGAAUAGUCCAUUUUGAUAACUGAUUAAACUAACCGUCAUUCACAAAUGACUGAAAAUUGCAACUGAAUUGGACUAGGGAUGGACAUGAGUAAUCGAGUACUGGAACAGACGUCAAAACUCCAUCUUUAACGAGAGGUCGAAAUGUUGUCUUAAAGACCAAGCCAAGCAUCACACAGUUCUUCCUAAAUUCCCUUUCCCCUCCGUGUCUCACUAACUCAAUUGCGUUACGAUCACUCCCUCUACACGUGUGCUGAAUGAGCACACAAACUCCACUAGGCCUACAGAAAUAAAUGCCUAUAAAAAUGUAUCUUAACUGAUGGGAUACACCAGCUACAUUCUUUGCCAAAUGACAACAAAAUGGACUGGUUGACUGAAGUAGGGAAAUAUGUGGUUCCAACAACGAGCGUUGCAGUUUUGGACUAAUUGCGUCCCGUCUAUUUUCCAGUUAGGCUACUUUGCGAACUACUAGUGCCAUUUAGAAUUGGCUAGCCUAGGCUAUAACACUUCUAAACAUAGACCGUGAAAAUAUCCAAAAACAUGAGUUUGAUAAAGACAGCAUAUUUUCAAUCAUUUAGCCUAAGCCUACUCGCUAAACAGAUGUCUUGUCCGCAAUUCAUCCCCAUGCAUUGUUCAAUGUGGAAUUGUUGAUCCAAAUCGAACGUCUCUAUAUCAAAAAGACAGAUUUUGGUUUGUAACCCUGAAAAAAAAUUGUCUUUCAACUCUCCAAAUUGAGCCCAGUUUCAAACGAUCACUCUUUGAGAAUAACUGUUCUAGAUGUGAGAUGUGCAUCAAUUCGCACUGGCAACUUUUUUUCAUUUGGAAAAAUAUUUUAUUCUGUUAUAUUACAUCAUGAUUUUUACUAUAAAAUAGGAGUCUGUUGACUGUGAUAAGGGCUCUGGAAAUUAACAAAACAGCCAUAGGCUUCUACGAGCAAGCGCCACCACUGAGGCUACUGCUACCUUUUUGAAGAUUGUGUUCUGCUAUAUAAUAUAAUCAGUUAAUAUUACGGUUUCAAUAAAUUCAUCUUAAAAUGGCACUUGUUUUUUAAUUGACUGAAUAUGUAUGGGGCAAUUUAGCAAUUAGGAUUAUUCUGUAAUGGUUAUGAUAAAUCAGGCAUUGUUGCGCACUGAUUGGCGUACAGCUAUAAAUGCACGCGUUUUUUCCAGUGCUGGCCUUGUGUUUUAAAAAUUGCUUUUUUAUUUGAGAACUCGGGAGGGUGGGAGGGGAAUUGUGCGAGUACAAAACAUUUCAAAUGCCCAUCCCUAUGAAUUGCUAAUGGGAAUAUCAAUGAUUAUUUUCCACUGUACUAAGGCCUGUGUCUCUGUGUUUACAGUAAUUGCAGUGAUUGCGGCCACUCUCUUCCCACUGUGGCCGGCUGAGAUGCGUGUGGGCGUGUAUUAUCUGAGCGUGGCAGCAGGCUGUUUCGUGGCCAGUAUACUGCUGUUGGCUGUUGGUAAGAAAGAAAACGUCCAACCUCUAGACCCUUGUGUACAACUAAAAAGAUUGGAUAGCGUAAAUCAAUACGGUGGCGACAACUUGUCCUAAUACGCUAGGUAGAAUUGCCUUCUCUCGUCCUCCUUUCGCCAAAUCGGACCACGACUCCAUUUUGCUCCUCCCACCUACAAACAAAGACUCGAAAGGGAUGUUCCGGUAGUCAGGUCUGUACAACGCUGGUCUGACCAAUCAGAAUCCAUGCUUCCAAGACUGUUUUGAUCACGUGGACUGGAAUAUGUUCCAGGUCGCAUCUGGGGAUAACAUCAAUGAAUACGCCGACACAGUCACCGGAUUCAUAAAAAAAUGCAGAGAUGAUGUGAAACCGAUGGUGUCUUUCAAAACUUACCUGAAUCAAAAAACGUGGAUUGAUGGCAGCCUUGUAGGGAAACUGAAGGAGAGAGAUGCUGCUUAUAAACAGGGCAAGGUGACCAGUUAAACAGUACAAGUACGAUCAAGAUGGCGAGACAUGAGCAUAGGGACAAAGUGGAGGAGCAAUUCAGCAGGUCGGACACGAAGGCUAUGUGGCAGGGGCUUCUAACGAUCACACAUUACAAAAAGAAAGCCAGUCACGUUGCAGACACCAACACCGGACGAGCCCCUGAAGACUAUGUGCUUACGGUCUCCACCGAGGACGUAGGUAGCACUCACUUCUGUCAUCAUGAAGUGGUUCGAGUGGCUAGUCAAAGACCACAUGACCUCCUCCCUCCCCGAUACACUCAACCCUCUCCAAUUCGCCUACCGCCAGACAGAUCCUUGGUUGACACAAUUGCCAUUGCGCUGCACACUGCCCUUACCCACCUGGACAAAAGGAAUGCAUAUGUGAGGAUGCUGUUCGUCGACCACAGCUCUGCCUUCAAUACCAUAGUGCCCUCUAAGCUCACCACAAAGCUCACGGCCCUGGGACUGAAUUCCUCCCUAUGAAACUGGGUCCUGGACUUCCUGAUGGGCCGCCCCCCAGGUGGUGAAGGUAGGCAACAUGACCUCAUCUACACUGAGCUUCAACAAGGGUGCGUCCUCAGCAGUGUUUCCUCUGGAAAAUGUGUUAGCUGUGAGGGAAAAGUUUGCGGGGGGGGGGUCCCGGGGUCCUCUGACCCCAAAACAAAAUAUGUAUAAGUACUGAAAAGCUUGGUUCUGGUGACUUUUUAAAAGGAAAUAACUCAAAUAAACCUUCUGAAAUAUAAUUUCCAACCCCAGAAAUGAGCUCAAUAACGUAUUGGUAAAGUGAUUAUAGUGUACAGUAUGCAAUUUAAGGUUGAGUGCUGCAGCUAUCUAAAGAAACACAACAUAGACCUUCUUUCUGAAAUAAAAAAGUUUAUCUUGACAAAAUUAACAUUUGAUUGAACAUGAAUAAGAGCCCACUAAUUCAUGUUCAUCACAAAAGAAGGGCGUUGGAAAUCUCUUUCCAGGUUCUGACGACAACCUAGUUCUGACAGAGUUUACAGCCUCCUCCUCUCCUCUCCUUUAUUUACUUAUCUUUCUUCUCUCUGCUCUCCUCUCUCCUUUUCUCCUUCCAUCUACCCUCCUGGCUCUCUCCUCUCCUCUGCUCCAUUCUGUCCCUCAUGCAUCCCUACCCCACUCCCGGAAUUCUGCCUCUUCUCUGUCUAGUAAAGUAAGCCAUACACUUGUUAUAAAAAUGAUAGCUUAAGCUUUUAAAGAGUUAACGGUAGCUAAAGCACUUUUGUACAUCACGCUGUUCCGUACACUUGACCUUAUUUUAUCGCCCCAAAAACGUAAUACUUCCAGGUCAACUGUAAUAUGAAUACCGUUGUAAAGCACAUUUUCUCCCCUCCAGCAAAGUCAAUGACGAGACCUUCAUGCUGCCCGUCUCUGCAUGAUUGAAGAAAGCAACGGCGCUCCGCGGGGUCUUUUUUUAAAUGGAGGGUGGGGAAACGAAAGCUACUGCGUCAUAGUGAAAGGGGGAGAUAUGUCGUGUGGGGAACCAGCUUUUUUCACCCGAUUUGUCCAACUUAUCACCUCUAAAAUUUCAUACCUAUUUGAAGGUUUGUGUGGAUUUUUGAAUAGGGCUUUUAGGGCGGCGCAAAAUGUAUCUUCACAAUUAAACUGUGGGUGUCACAGAGUCAUGAUGGCUCUCAGUGAUUUACGUGAAAAAUUUACAAUUAAUUGAAUUAACUAUUCAUAAUAUAAUAUGCCAUUUAGCAGACGCUUUUAUCCAAAGCGACUUAUAGUCAUGUGUGCAUACAUUUUUACGUAUGGGUGGUCCCGGGGAUCGAACCCACUACACUGGCGUUACAAGCGCCAUGCUCUACCAAUUGAGCUACAGAGGACCACAUGAACUCCCAAGUAAUUAACUUUACACUCACCAUUGAUCAUUUCUUGUUUUUAAUCUGUGAGAGAAGCGUUACACCUGGUGGAAAGAGGCUGUACGGCACAGAAUGAGUUGAAUAAUGCAUAAUAAUAAUAACAAUAAUAAUAUAAAUGACAUGUCACACUUAAACGUGCAGGGUCAGUUUUUUUCAACUUUUAUCCAAUGCUAUUGGACCAUUACCAUGUCAAUCAACGCUGAAUCGAAACUUAGUUCACACCCCAGAUUUAGAUGCCAACACAGUCGCUACAGUCCCAUUAGUUGUCAUUGCAGCCUCGUUUGAAUGCCGUGGUUGCCCACAUAUGUACGGAACGGAGUUAGCUACAAUUAGCUAACUAAAGAAAGUUUCAUUUAAUUCAGGCUGAUUUGACAUUAGCUCGCUAAGUUAACGUUACAUGACACUCUUGUCCCUGCUCCCCCUUUCUCUUUUGCUGCUGUGGCUGGAAAUAUUUUAAUAAACUCAUCUGAGCAAAAAAUUAUAAUCGAAGACAGAUAAAUGUAGCUAUCUUGCUUGCACUUGAUACAGUUCCAAACGAACUAGCUAGCUAACUUGCUAGACUAGUAACGUCAGCUAACCAUGUUUCUAUCAUCAACAUACACUGUGGAUAUUGGAUAGAUAAUUGCCGUUACAAUUGUGGCAUCAAUAUUAUAGAUCUAAAUGAUGUUAGUAGAGUUUUUUGGUUAUAGCUAGCUUAUGUAGUUAACUAUUUGGCUAGCUAACGUUAGUCAAACAAACAAGCGAACGUACCUUUCUUGCAGCUUCUCACGCAGGUGCACUCUGAGGUGAUUAAAGUGAAUUGUUUGGCGCCGCAGAGCUUCUGUAUUGCGCACUGGUCCCUGGCGUGCCGUUUCUCGCGCAGGUGCAUUCUAGUGAUUUCAAGUGAAUUGUGUUUUGCGCCGCAGAGCAUCUGUAUUGAGCACUGGUCACUGGCGCGCUAUUUAUUGAGUUGCAGGCUGCCUGCCAUAGCUCACAGAGCUAAGUAACCUUCAGAACUGUGUUGAACCCAGACAGAUUAUCUAUUUACCAAGAAAAGUGAAUGUGCUUUACAGAACUUUAUUGAAACUAUGUUUGGUAGAAAAUGGUGUUUAUUUUGGUGUGGCGCAGUGCCACACAUUAAUGAACGCAGAGGAAACACUGGUCCUCAGUCCCCUCCUGUACUCACCGUAUACCCACGACUGCGUGGCCUCACACAGUUAAAACUCCAUCGUCAAGCUCGCUGACGACACAACAGUAGUAGGCCUGAUCACCAACAAUGAUGAGACGACCUACAGGGAGGAGGUUGGCACUCUGAUGGCAUGGUGCCAGGUAAACAACCUCUCCCUCAACGUCAGCAUAACAAAGGAGCUGAUUGUGGACUUCAGGAGGAACCAGGCUGGGCACGCCCCAUCCUCAUCAACGGGGCCGCCGUGGAGACAGUCAAAAACGUCAAGUUCCUCGGUGUACACAUCUCUGAGAAGCUGAAAUGGUCAAACCACACGGACACCGUGGUGAAGAAGGCAUGACAGCGACUCUUCAACCUCAGGCUGAAUUUCUUCAGCCUCCUGUCUCCGAGGGCUCUGUGUUCUACAGGAGCACCGUCGAGAGCUUACUGUCGGGCUGCAUCAGAGCCUGGUACGGCAUCACAGCCAGGUGUCGCAGGAAGGACAAAAAUAUCAUCAGGGACCUCAGCCACCCGAGCCACGGCCUGUUCUCCCCGCUUGCAUCACUCAGACACGGGCAGUACAGGAGCAGCAUGGCAGCACCCCCCACAAAUGUACAUGUAUCAUUGUUACAGCUUAAGAAUUCACGGUACCCUGCAAUUACAUCUGUGACCCUGUGCAUGUGAUCACCAUAUUGCUAAUACACCUAUCCAACCCUUACAGGGACACUGCGAGAUUCUGGCAUUUAGGCCCUUGUUCUACUUAGUCAGAUGAACUCAUGGAUACCAUAUCUCUUUAUGUCUGUGUGCAGUAUGAAGGAACUUAGUCGUAGUUUCGCGAGCCAAUUAAAUGCCAGAAUCUUGCGGUAUCCAUUUAAAGGGGAAUUCCAGUAAAAAGUCGAAAUUACGUUUUGUUCUUUUACCUUUUUAAUAAUUUAUCUGGUGGGUUUACCUAGAGACUUUAGUCAAAAUGGGUGACAGAGCACCAAACUGCAGAUGUCACAGGAUUCCCUCCCCUCAGCACCAUUGACGUUAGUUGUUGGCCUUCACUUUGACAUGACAAUGUUUGUUUGUCUCCCCGCAGCUCGCUGCAUCCUGUUCCUGGUCAUCUGGCUGGUGACGGGCGGACGCCACCACUUCUGGUUCCUGCCCAACCUCACAGCUGAUGUGGGCUUCAUCGACUCCUUCCGUCCGCUCUACACGCACGAGUACAAGGGCCCGCGGGGCUCUAGCAAGAAGAGCCAGGACAAGACUGAGGGCAAGACCAGCGAUGCAGAUGCCGCCAAGGCCCAGAAGUCAGACAGCGAGGAGAAGGAGGGUGACUGUGAGGAGGAAGAGGAGGAAGGUGAAGGAGAAGAGGGCACGGUGCCACAGGGGACGGAAGAAGGCGAGGUGACGAAGGGGGCUGAGCGCUCUGACACGGACAGCGACCGGCGGGAGGACGAGGGCUCGCAGCACAGCAACGGGAACGACUUUGAGAUGAUCACCCGCGAGGAGCUAGAGCAGCACACGGAGGAGGAAGAGGAAGAGGAGGAGGAGGAAGGAGAGGGGGAGGAAGGAGAGGGGGAGAAGGAAGGAGGAGAGAGGGAAGAGCAGGAGGGAGACGGUGAGACAAAGCCCUUGCCUGUUCAAACAUAA